UUAGAUCUUCCCAUUGUAUUAUAAAUAUUGUAAAUUGGUCUGUACAAAAUAAAUCAAAAAAUACAAAAAUUUCAUUAUAUUUUCAUGGUACCUGAGUUAGGUUUCUAAACCUUAGCUAGCAAUGACCCAUGGUGCCGUCAACAGUAGAGGGUUGAGCUCCUCUGAAACUCUUGAUGGUGACUCUGAAGCCACCUCCCACGCAAGGUUUGGCAACAAAUGGGUCACCAUCGCUCACCUCCUCAACGACCGUAUGGACAACACCGUGAAGAGCCAUUGGAACUCUACUCUGAAGCGCAAAUGCUUGUCGAUGACCGAAGAUGAAAACGACAUUGAAAAUGCGCAUCAUCAACCCUCGAAAUGAUCAGAUGGCACCGGACCGAUUUCAGGCCUGUACCUGAACCCGAGCAGUCAUUCCGGAUCCAAAAUAAGUGAUUCUUGCAUUCCUGGCGUGUUAUCCUUGCACGUUUAUAAACCCUUGGCGAGGACCAGAUCGAUGGCCUUGGUGGUUUAGCGGAUCGAGACCUCUUCUUUGACGAAUGAACAGGCUACAACGAUGGUCAUUGGAAGUGAGGAAGAAGCUAGGAUGAAGAUUUACUCUGUCUCGACAAAGCACUACUUCGAUCCUAUCUUCUCUUUCGCUCAUGACAUGAACCCUGACGUGGCAAUCCUUUCUCGACCUGAAGUCCCCCAUUCUCUGUUGUGUACAGCUCGACUCUUCUCGGACUACAACAUCAGGGAAUACACCAAAUUACGAGCCAUCGAUGGCUUCCGCCACAACCGCGACCUAGAGGACCCUUCUUCAAUCUCUGCAGCUUUCUUCGAAGGUAAAUCUCAGUUGGAGAUUGCCAGAAGACAGACUGUUGUGUACUCGCUGAAAGCUCCCAAUGGUGAUGCCUGGGUUGAGGCAAAUGAACAACAAUAUUCCCCAAAGCCAGAUUGGGGCAUUUGUUCUUACUAAAACGAAAGAAUUGCCUAGAGUUCGUUGGGUUCUUUCGGAUUCUUAUUCAGAUGUCAAGAAUAAAGAUUAUGGAGGGGAGCCUUUUAUUGAUGGGAAAAUGUUGAGGCAGGACCUAUCUAGGUUGGCGGACCAGACCUCGUGCAGAGCUUCGUCUUCCACAAAGAUUUCUUCAGGUUUUU